GAUCACACCCCUCUAGAGCCUCGUACACGGUCACUGUGACCUAUUUACGUAUUCGACUUCUUGUCUGUCGUACUUGGCGAGAUACCUCCGCCAGGCCACACUCGAGAAGUGUAGUCUCGUUUCUUCAUUCUCUUCACUGAAUACAUAGUAUCGCUUGAGGCGGAGAUGCCAGUCAAGGUUUCGGAGGAAGAUCUCCAAGGUUUCCUGGAGAAGGCGAUCGAACUGGCCCGGGCGUCGGGUAAGCUGAUGAGAGAGGCAUUCUACAAGGAAAAGAAAGUUGACACGAAGACAAACCACGCUGACCUGGUCACCGAGACGGACGGCGCUAUAGAGAGGGAUGUCAUAGCGGCCCUCAAGGAAGCAUACCCUGAUCACAGGUUUAUAGGCGAGGAGACAGCUGUAGACGGCAAACAAUGUGACUUCACCGACGACCCCACGUGGAUCCUCGACCCCAUAGAUGGAACAACUAACUUUAUACACGGAAUUCCAGACUUUGCCUUCUCAUUAGGCGUGACGGUUAACAAGGAGCCAGUAGUAGGAGUUAUCUACCUUCCCAUACCGGACACGAUGUACACAGCAAGAACAGGAAAGGGAGCUUACUGCAAUGGCAAGAAAAUAACAGCAAAUGUCAUACACGAGGUGAGUCAGGCCCUGGUGAUGUCCGAGGGGGGUAACGGGCGGGACGAGACGGUCAUCCGGACCCACUCCGACAACCUGCACCAGAUACUUACCCGCAGUAGAGGGUUACGUGCGUACGGGUCGACGGCGAUUGACCUGUGUAAAAUUGCCUGUGGUCAAGGGGAGGCGUAUGUCCAGUAUGACUUACACUGCUGGGACAUGGCGGCGGGCGUGGUCUUGGUCCGAGAGGCGGGGGCCACCGUCAUGGAUCCCACGGGCUCCCAGUUGGACCUGAUGAGCAGACGUGUGUUGGUAGCUACCUCCGAGGAUCUGGCCAGGCAGAUAUCCGCCAUGUUGUCCCAUAUAGCCAAUGGACGGGACUGAUCUGCCGUCUCAUCUACACGUACCUCAUCUUCCCGAGGCAAGACAGUUAACUGACUUUAAAAGUCCACUUUCCACCCUUGCCGAACUAGGCUGGUAUUCCUGGGUUCGAUCGUAGCGGCACCAGUGGUUAUUACGAGUUAUGUCCCUUCCUAGCCUCUCCUAUGGACCAAUCAGAUUCAAUCACUUUCAUUUGUUUCAAACAAAAUGGCGGCGCCGAGUCAAGACGAUCUGAUCGAUAAUCGAGAUCUAUAUUGUGAUAAAACGGGUCUUACAUCGCGAAGUGCAUCAAAUCACGCAACCACCUUGGUUAAAAACAUGAAAAGGUAUGGAAAAUGUCUGUUGACAAUAAGUUGGCGGUGCAUAUGCGGAAAUCUGCACGACAGUUUACGAACCGGAUUUCGAUUUCGUUGCGCGAUUUUGAUUGGACUAUGCAUAGACUCAUUAGUCCAGCCAAAAUGUAACUCCAUAAUACCAGCCUAGUUCGGCAAGGGUCGAAACUGGACUUUUAUAGUCAGUUAACUCUCUUGCCUUGGGGAGGUGCACGUACCUCAGAAUGCCCUCGUCACCGUGUCAAAAAACGUUUUUUAAAACAUGUUGGUGGAUCCCAGAAUAAAACUAUUUUAGAAGCUGUU